AAAUCACUCCUUUAAAGAGGAUUUAAAACCCGUUUACUUUGGUUAAGUGUUUUAAAUCGGUGAUAAAGUUACAGAAAUGAAAUAAUUUAAGUAGUCCUCGAUUUAAUUUUCAGUUCAAUAAAAAUGUAAGAAAUUUCGAAAUUAAUUCAAAACGUUUCUCAAACUAUAAAAGAUGAAAAGCUAUGCCAAAAUGUUACUAAAAAUCUAUGGAAAAAACAAAAAGCGCCUAAUAAAAAUUCACAAAAAAAGAAAAUUUAGAAGUAAACCAUUUGGAACUUUUCUCGGUCAACAGACUAAAUCGAAAUUAUAUCAAAAUUAUAAAAAGGUGGGGCAGAAUGCCGGCCGUAAAAAGACUGCGGGCUUCGACGAAGGAGUGGUGUGAAAGGAACUCGAAACCGAAGUCUCUGAAUCUCACUCCCGUCGCUCGGCCGGAACCAACACGAUGGCAAAGACCGGGACCGAUGGGCCGAAAUGAGUGGGCCAACUUUCACAGUAGUUAUCAAAAAAAUGUAGAACUGCAUAAAGCACUAAGAUUGCUGGGUGGCAAGCAGAAAGAAGCCAGAAAAGAAAAAGUUAAGAAACUGACUACCGAGGAGGUUAAAACUCUGAGGGAGAAUCAAGAUCGUUUGACUAUUCCAAAAUGGCAACGCAAAAAGCACAUUCACCCGCCCCCAAAGCAGUUUCCCUAUAGACCGCAACUCAGUGGUCGGAAGAAACCAAGUCCGGAACCUGGUAGGCCCGUAAAGAAGCCAUUUGUUCCGUGUUGCUUUCAGCACGAGGAUUUGGAGACAGACUUUUGGGCAAAGAUUAGGUUUCCUAUCUCACGGAGGGCUCUCACAGCUACACCCAGCAGGAAGAUCUGUGAACUGGCCGAACCACGCCAGUUUCCACCUAAAACCCACUGUUCUUGGCCCAACAGUUACGAGAACCACAAACCCAAAAGCCAGAAAAUGUCUCCGCGGCAGUGGCGAAUCCAUUUGCAGCGCCUUGAGUUCCUUUCCAAACCAAAACCAAGGAUUUUGCCUCCGCGGAUGGUGUGCUGUUGUCGACGUGACCAUCAAGAUUAAUCCUAAACUAUAGAUCGGUUAACUAGUGUGAAUUAACUAUUUAGUUAAAAGAACUGUAGCAUAGGAUUAAUCAGUGUGACUAAACCUGAAUUUAUUUAAAUUUAUAAUAAAUAACCGUCAUUUUAACAACGCCA